AUUCUAUUUGGACUACUUCCUGUGUGUAAAGGUCACUGCAGGUGCUGGUUGAUCUGGGGAGUACAUUCUUUCUUAUUCAUUUUCUUAAAUUUAGCUAAACUUCUGACAAUUUCAUGUGUCGCACUUUAUUAGUGUCUGUGGUGUUAUGUUGAUAACUUGCAGAUCUGACAUAUUUUAAUCAAAAUUUUGAUAAAUACAUACUUAUUAAUAUUUCUAAAAUGUCCCCUGAUCCUGAAAUCAUCAUGAUGGCAGCCUCCCAGGCUUUUUCUGUUUCAGCACAUGCCCCUCAAAAGUUCUGAUGUGCACAGCCCUGGGUCUCAGUGCUAUUUGUGAGUCUGCUAACACUUAUAUUUGAGGGUUUUAUAAUUUAUAUUUAACAGAGUAGCUAACUGCUUUGCUGUUAUUAAUGAAGUAAUAAAAAAAAAAACUAUAUUCAGAUUCAUAUGGACCAGUCACAAUAUUUUAAAAAGAUGGGUUUCUAUCAGCAAACUCUCAGAAUAAAGUGAGAUGAUCUGCUGCUGAUCCUGAAUGGCUUGUUUAAUGAGUGUUUAUAAUCUGAGCUCAUCAAUAUUAUCAGCUGCUGAAAAUCCUCUUUAUUUCAUGUCAAUAGAUCCUGUUUUCACCUCAUUCAUUAUGCUGAUGACUUCAGAUCUGUUAAUUGCCACAUUAAGCUCAUUUUAUUAGUAUUAACAGACAAAUAUCAACUAUUUUGAGAUUACUAUUCUGAUGUAAAUAUAACACGAGCAUUUAUUUCAUCUGUGAUAAACCAUGUUUAAUAUAAAACGGGUGUCAAACUCAAUUCCUGGAGGGCCAUAGUCCUGCAGAGUUCAGAUGCAACCCUAAUUAAACACACCUGAUCCAACUAAUCAAGUCCUUCAGGCUUAAUUGGAAACUGCAUAGUUAUGUGUGUUGGAGGAGGGUUGGAACAAAACUCUGCAGAGUUUGACACCCCUGCUAUAAAAGAUAAAACUAAAACAAGUUAUUAGGUUAGACUCAGUUUGGGGGUUAUUUGUUUCUUGCAAAUUAUAUGUUAAUUAGAUAAAAUUUAGUUUUAAUGUAGGUAUUGCACGAUUAGACCGUUUUAGAAAUCAUCUGAAGAGACAUAAUGAUGUGAGAACUCAUGUGUGCAUUGAAUGCGGAAAGAGCUGUUUCAGCCAGUGAACUGAAACAGCACCAGAGGAUCCACACUGGAGUGAAACCUUACAAGUGUUCACACUGCGACAAGAGAUUCAAUCAUUCAGGAACCCUGAAGAUACAUGAGAGGAUUCACACUGGAGAGAAACCGUAUCACUGCACUUCAUGUGGGAAGAGUUUCACUGUGUUGUCUUCUCUAGUUAGUCAUUCAGAACGCAAAUGUAUGCGGGCCACACUGGAAGGAGAGGACCGUGAGAAUAUGGGAGAUACUGAAGAACAAAGAGACCUAAAUGAGAAAAAAGGGAGAGAGGCCAAAAGAACAAUCAGCUGCCCUGAGUGUCAAAAAUGUUUCAAACGUAAAACGCACCUCCACCUUCACAUGAGAGUUCAUACGGGAGAGAGGCCUUUCACCUGUGAUCGAUGUGGGAAGAGUUUUGCAUCUAAACCACACCUUCGGAGGCACAUAAAAACCCACACCGGAGAGAAGCCGCACACAUGUGAUCAGUGUGGAAAGAGUUUCACAGAACCAUUAAUCCUAAGAGAACACAUGCGAGUCCACACUGGAGAGAAACCAUUUACAUGCGAUCAAUGCGGAAAGAGUUUCACACAUAAAAAAUACCUGAAGAUUCACAUGAGCGUUCAUAGUGUAGAGAAGCCCCACGCGUGCAUUCAGUGUGGGAAGACUUUCAAAAGGAAAGAAUCCAUAAAGUGCCAUAUGAAGAUCCACACGGGAGAGAGGCCGUACACGUGCAAUUGCUGUGGAAAAAGUUUUGCACACAAAGUGACUCUUAAGAACCACAUAAAAAUCCACACUGGAGAGAAGCCGUUCACAUGCGAUCAGUGCGGGAAGAGUUUUGCACAUGCCGUCACUUUUAAAUUACAUGCGAGUUCCCACUCAGGAGAAAGACCGUUUUACUGUGAUCAGUGCGGUAAAAAUUUCAGUCUCGAAUCCACCCUGAAGAUCCACUUGAAGUUUCAUAUGAAGGAGAAGCUUCAUUCGUGUUCUUUCUGUGGAAUGCGUUUUAGUCAAUGGGGUUCUUUAAAAUUACAUCAGAAAAGACACGCCGGUGAGAAGAAUCAUAUUUGCUUUGACUGUGGCAAGUCCUUUUUUACAGUUCGUGAAGUGAACCUGCACCAGAGAAUUCACAUUAGAGAGAAACCUUACAAGUGUUCACACUGUGACAAGAGAUUCAGUCGGUCAGAAACCCUGAAAAAACACGAGAGGAUCCACACUGGAGAGAAACCUUACAAGUGUUCACACUGUGACAAGAGAUUCAGUCAGUCAGAAACCCUGAAAUCACACGAGAGGAUCCACACUGGAGAGAAACCUUACAAGUGUUCACACUGUGACAAGAAAUUCAGUCGGUCAGAAACCCUGAAAAAACAUGAGAGGAUCCACACUGGAGAGAAACCGUAUCACUGCACUCUAUGCGGGAAGAGUUUCACUCAAUUAUCUACUUUAAACAAACAUACAAAAAACAUUCACAGCAAGUAGCUCAUUUUGAUAUUCAGGUGCAACACUGCGUCCUCACUAAAUGUGACACAGUAAAGCAUCAGCAAAGAAUCUGGAUCAAUCAGCCCCAACAAGUGUUGCAUCAAGAAAAAACAACAUGCAAAGUUGUGAAAAGUAAAGAUUCUGAUUCAGUUGAAGAUUCUGAAGUGAAGACCCCCAUCUUCAAGACAAGCCGUUUUAAACUUUUUUUUUUUUUCCUAUUUUAUUGUAUGCUGAAUCUACUUGCAUCAAGUAUACAUCAAGAAUGAAUUAAUUCAUCAUUUUAGUUAUAUUCGAAAGCCACGAAUUAUGAUUGCUUUUUGGGCUUUCAGUGUUUUACUUCUAAAGGGCCUAAUAAAUCAUUUUUCACCCUACACAUUACUGAGACUGAGAUGCUUGUUUGUCUGCAAUAACUGUUUUAGCCUUAUUUUUCUUUUUUCAUUGUGAACAGUAUUUGGUCUGUUUUUGGUAACUGUAAACCAGUAGUGUAGUAUAGUUUUUUUUUGUAGUGAGUAUACUGUUACUUUUAUACUGAAAACCCAUAAGCACCACCACACUCAUUAAAGCAUACAGUAUACAUGUAUAUGUAGUUGAGAGCAUUCUGAAAGACUGCCUAUGUGUUAACAUGUCAAUUUAUUAUAAGCAACACAAGACUUUAACAGCCAAUGACAUUUACAGCUGGGGAGUCUGGACUGAUUUUCUACUGUUUAGUGUUAAUCAUCUAACUCAUCCAGUUACAUUUAUCCUUAGAUGUUAAAUGAGUAUGGUCCCUGGAGCACAGGUUUUAUCAGCUGGCAAUUUUCAAUGCACAUUUAAGAGCCUGACUUUCAGUCCACAAGGCUGGCCAGGAGUUCUCAUCUGAAACAAGGAGUUAUCAACAUUGAAUUUGGUUUACUGCUGUACACAGACACACACAUAGACAGUAUCUUAAGUUAUCUCUCCCCUUCUCCCGCAUUCAUUGAUCCACCACACUAGUGUUAGUGAAGUUAUUAGCUAGUUAGUUGGCUUGACAAAGCCAACAUAUUGUUAUACUAUUUAAACUUGUUCUUCUGAGACCCAAAAUUGUCUCCUUCUAGGGCUUUAAUGCUGCAAGCACCUGUUUGUUGCUAUAUCUUUUCUAACUGAUCAGACCUUUUGAAAAAACUAUCUGCAGUUUUUGUAUAAAUAAUUAUCAUUUUUAUCAGGUUGCUAUGUUUAGGUUCAGUCAUUUUACUCUAAUGGCAAUGUAUAGGUCCUUUUCUAAGCAAUUAAAGUGAAUUAACUGAACAUAAAUAUAGGGGGCUGAUAAAAAUGCAAAUUUUAGGUGAAAAUUUCAGAUGGCACUUAGAGGCUUUUGCAUCUGAACUCUUCAUUUUCAAUCAGUUAAGUUUAUAAAUAAAUGCAUACAUUACCUUUAUGCCACCAAGCAUAUUCAAUUGUGACCAGGUCAGGUAAUGACUGCCUGCAACCCGGUAUCAUGUGUAGUCAAUCCAGAGUCAAUCCCUUAUGAAAAUGAACCAUGGUUUUAUUGUAGUAAAGUAGUAAUGGUUUUUUAUUUUUUGGUGUUUGGCGUGUUUGUUACCAUUUGUAUAAUCACAGUUUUACUUCAAAUACCAUGGUUAAACUAUGGUUACUGUAGCAAAACCAUGGUUAAUUUGUGGUUACCAUGGUUUAAUUAUAGCAACCACGUUGUUUUUUUU